UGAACGGAGAGAGAGAGGGUUGCAAUUUGCAAAAUGAAAUAAUAGGUUCGUUCGUUCCUUCCUUCCUUGUUUUCUCGACUCCCCGCCAAUCCUUACCUCCUCAUCCUCCUUCUCCCUUUCCCUCGCCCGCCGCAACUACACUAGUUUAUUAAUCCACCAUACCUUCUUCUCCUGAGCGCAUAUAUAUAUAUAUAUAUAUUGGAUCGAUUGCGGCCGUAAGUAGCACUACUUCCAUUUUCAAAACCCUACCCAAUGUCUACUUCCGGGCAACCCCAGUUUCGGUACACGCAGACCCCAUCCAAGGUUCUUCAUCUUCGCAACCUCCCUUGGGAAUGCACCGAAGAGGAACUUGUCGAUUUCUGCCGCCCAUUUGGGAAGAUCGUAAACACUAAAUGCAACGUCGGUGCUAAUCGCAACCAGGCAUUCGUUGAAUACGCUGAUCUUAAUCAAGCCAUACAAAUGGUUACAUAUUUUGCUUCAUCUUCAGAUCCUGCACAGGUUCGUGGGAAAACAGUUUACAUCCAGUAUUCAAAUAGACAUGAAAUUGUCAAUAACAAAGGUCCGGGGGAUGUUCCUGGCAAUGUAUUGUUGGUCACUAUUGAAGGUGUUGAAGCUGGCGAUGUCAGCAUCGAUGUUAUUCAUUUGGUAUUUUCGGCUUUUGGUUUCGUGCACAAGAUUGCUACGUUUGAGAAAGCUGCAGGUUUUCAGGCACUGAUCCAAUACAGUGAUACUACAACAGCAGCCUCGGCAAGAGAAGCAUUAGAUGCAAGAAGCAUACCACGGUACUUGCUUCCAGAACAUGUGAAUUCGUCUCAUUUGCGCAUCUCAUAUUCGGCUCACACAGACUUGAAUAUUAAGUUUCAAUCUCAUAGGAGCAGGGAUUAUACAAAUCCUUACCUACCAGUUAAUCCCACUGCAAUUGAAGGUUUUGUUCAGCCAAUGGUAGGUCCUGAUGGAAAAAAAGUAGAGGCUGAGAGUAAUGUUCUUCUGGCAUCUAUAGAGAAUAUGCAAUAUGCUGUUACGGUUGAUGUUCUUUACACGGUAUUCUGUGCAUUUGGCACUAUACAGAAGAUUGCCAUUUUUGAGAAAAAUGGUGGAACACAAGCAUUAAUCCAAUAUCCAGAUGUGGGCACUGCAACUGUUGCGAAAGGAGCGUUAGAAGGACAUUGCAUUUAUGAAGGAGGCUAUUGUAAGCUUCAUCUAACAUACUCUCGUCAUACUGAUCUGAAUGUAAAGGCAUACAGUGAAAAGAGCAGGGAUUACACAAUUCCUGAGAUUGCACAAUCAACUGUUUCUGCAGCAGCAGCAGGCGUGGUUUGGCACGGUUCCCAAGUAUCUUCUGGUGGUGGGUAUGGUGGUCCUUCUCAUUCGGGGGCUGUUUCUGAUCCCAGUAGAUUCCCCGGGGGGCAAACGUAUGCUCCAUCCUCAUCAUCUGUUUCUGCUGCCUACGCACAACCACCUGUAGGAGCUGGAGCUCAUCAUAUGGGGGGGCAGCAGCAGCAGCAGUUGUUUGAGGUAAGACCAGGUGGUGGUGGUGGUGGCGGCGUGUGCCCACCUGGUCAAUCUCCUUACUAUACUUGAAUAAUCAAACUUUACUAUCUCAGUUUCUCCCACAGAGAAAGUAAGCUUGUGCUUUUCCUCUAUCUAAUCCUACGGUGGUGGUCAUGGGGUUGAAUGCACCUGAAGAUAUGUUAAUGGUGAAAAAGAAGAAGAAGAAUCUGAUUGCUGCUGAUCUUGGGAGUUGUAAUAUCUAUCUGUGCCUUGCUUUUUGUCUGACCCGUUCUUUCCUGUAAUUGUUCCAUUAUUAUAUGAUUCUGAAACUACAGACCCCCCCUCCUCUCUUAAGAUUGGCUUUUCUUUUCCUUGCCACAUCUGCAAGUUUGAUAUGUGAUUUUCAGAUUAUUUCUUAA